GCGUCAGGGGCAUGGAGGAGCGGCGGGCUCGGAGCCGCGCCCCGGAGUCUCCGAAACUUCCGAGCCGGCGCCGGUCCGCGCCGCUGCCGCCGCCGCUUCGCCUGCCGGCCUGAGAGCGGGACCAUGGAUGAAAGGUUCAACAAGUGGCUGCUGACGCCGGUGCUCACUCUCCUCUUCGUGGUCAUCAUGUACCAGUACGUGUCCCCCUCCUGCACUAGCUCCUGCACCAACUUCGGGGAGCAGCCCCGCGCGAGGGAGGCCGGCCAGCCUGCUGCCCCGGCUCCCGCCCGCCGGGCACAGGUGCCGCUCGAGGAUUGGGAGCGGCGGCCCCAGCUGCCUCCGCCACCCCGGGGGCCGCCCGAGGGGCCUCGGGGGGCCGUGGCGCCAGAAGACGAGGAUGAUGAGCCAGGGGACCCGGAGGAGGAGGAGGAGGACGGAGAGGAAGAAGAGGAGCGGGACCCCGAGGCCCCCGAGAACGGUUCCCUGCCCCGGUUCGUGCCGCGCUUCAACUUCACCCUGAAAGACCUGACUCGUUUCGUGGAUUUCAACAUAAAAGGGCGCGACGUGAUCGUGUUCCUGCACAUCCAGAAGACCGGGGGCACCACGUUCGGCCGGCACCUGGUGAAGAACAUCCGGCUGGAGCAGCCGUGUAGCUGCAAAGCGGGCCAGAAGAAGUGCACCUGCCACCGGCCGGGCAAGAAGGAGACGUGGCUCUUCUCCCGCUUCUCCACCGGCUGGAGCUGCGGGCUGCACGCGGACUGGACGGAGCUCACCAACUGUGUGCCGGCCAUCAUGGAGAAGAAAGACUGUCCACGCAACCACAGCCACACCAGGAAUUUCUAUUACAUUACAAUGUUGCGUGAUCCAGUGUCUCGGUACCUGAGUGAGUGGAAACACGUCCAGAGAGGGGCCACGUGGAAAACCUCCCUCCACAUGUGCGAUGGGAGAAGUCCCACCCCUGAUGAGCUGCCUACCUGCUACCCUGGGGAUGACUGGUCUGGGGUGAGCUUGCGGGAGUUCAUGGACUGCACCCACAACCUGGCUAAUAACCGCCAGGUGCGUAUGCUGGCUGACCUCAGCCUAGUGGGCUGCUACAACUUGACUUUCAUGAACGAGAGUGAGAGAAACACCAUCCUGUUGCAGAGUGCAAAAAACAACCUGAAGAACAUGGCCUUCUUUGGGCUCACGGAAUUCCAGAGAAAGACACAGUUUCUCUUUGAGAGGACAUUCAACCUCAAGUUCAUCUCUCCCUUCACACAGUUCAACAUCACACGGGCUUCCAAUGUGGAGAUUAACGAGGGGGCCCGCCAGCGAAUCGAAGAGCUAAACUUCCUGGACAUGCAGCUGUAUGAGUACGCAAAAGAUCUGUUCCAGCAGCGUUACCACCACACCAAGCAGCGAGAGCACCAGAGGGACCGGCAAAAGAGACGGGAGGAGAGGAGGGUGCAGCGGGAGCAUAGGGGCCAUCGGUGGCCCAAAGAGGAUGGGAACACAGAGGGGGCAGUCACUGAGGACUACAACAGCCAAGUGGUGAGAUGGUGACCCCCUGCCCUCUCCUCCCUCUGGAGGGGGAGGAUGAGCAGGAGACUGACCUUCUGUGGCAUUGCCAUUCUGAGGGCAUCUGGCUGUAUGUGGCUUCGUUUGGACACCUGCUUCCUCUUUGUCUUCAGCUUUAUCCAGUGGGAGAUGAUUGGUCUUGUGCUUCUUUUUUUCCUGACAUUUUUCGAUCUGUGAUGUUGAGUAGGGUAGGAAUGCAACCCGUGUAGACCACUUUAGAAGGUCAAGGAGAGAAGCACCGAAAAGGACACUGUCUGUGCGAUCUCCUUUACGGCAGCGUAGGUUAGAGUUUGAGCAACUGGAACCCACAGAGGCACACAUGAAAAGCCAAAUGAUGGCUUGGAUAUUUGGCGGAAACUGGUCUAUUUUAUACUAUCUCUGUAAUGGAAACAUUGGUCUAUUUAAAGAAAGAGAAACAAGAAGUCCCUUACAGCCCUUUCAUGAGAUUUUAGGCCAACCCUCACUCUGCUGUUGGCUGUCACCUUUGAACUGUAUUUGAAUGUGGUUUACAUCGUAAGAAGAGUGAUGUGUUUUGUUGUUGUGGUCUCUUAAAACAAGAUUACCCUACUAUUGACCAUCCUUAUUGACAUCCUACAACGCCCUGCAUCUUAGCCCUGAGACACGCUUCCUAUCCCACAUUUUAGGGAAUGGGGAGUGGAUUCAGGACUGGGGUGCUUUUGGCCUGAGAUGUGAGCGUUGGUGGGGCAUUUAGGAGAAAAUGUGCUUAUUAACUAAUGUCUAAGGAGACAUUAGUUAUUUUACCAAGUUUUAUUUUCAAUGUAAGGAAUGAAUGAUAAGGGAGAAAAGGCGGGAAGAUAACUAUAUGUCUAAUAUUUCCAAACUGGCUACAGAACCUGAGUUUUUUAAAGAAAAAUUCUGAGUUAUACCUCUUUGGAGCAGUCAUUUUCUUUGAUCUGGUAUUGCCCGGUUUGAAAUUCUGCAAUCAGAGAGAAAAAGACAUUUAAAAACAAUUUGGCCUGAAGAAUAGGACAUUAGCUAGCAGGUAUCAAAAAUACAUAUUGGAGGUCCCUAAAUAAAUCCUAAUUUUGAUUUAGGCCAGGAGAAAUGGAACACAAUAGGCCAGGAGUUUAAAAGACUGCAAUCCUGAAAUCUUGAAUGUUUCUAGCCUGGUAACUUUUCCUCCCCACAUGGUCUUUACCUGUUGUUAGACUGUGGCUACAGCUGCUGACUCAGGCGAGAGCGUAUGAAACGGAACCAAAACAUGUGCUGCAUUGCCACGUGCUUCUCAUUUCCACUUUUUCCCAACCAACUACAAUAACACAAAGGUUUUGAAUAAUAAGGGGAGAAGUACAGAAGAGGAAAUCGAGAUCCUUUGCCUCCCAUUCAGUAGGAUCAGAGUGAGUAAAAAGUCUCACUACAGAUUGAUCUGAUCAAUCCUCUCAAGGAGCUGAAGGAAAGUGAGUGAAACUCCUAAAUCAGAUGGAAAAGCCUAUUUCAUUGAUAUCCAACAUGUUUGAUGGUUAAGCCAGCUUUGUAUAAGCCACAUCUCAACUUUCAGAAUACUCUUUCUGGGGUUGAGAGUCAAUCAACCCAUAAGCAUUCAAGGAGUGGCUGCCUUCAUGGAGGGGAGCCUACUGCCUCCAUCAAAGAGAAAUGUAGAGAAGACACUUCUCUCACUACCCUUGACUUCAUCUGUCAUGUGAGGGAGGCAUUAUUGGGAAUCUCCCUUUGGCCAGAAACUGUGGAAGGCCCUUUUCAUAUUUUAAAUCUAUUCACAACAAGGUAUGUAUUAUUAGUCCAAAUUUCACAGAUGAAAGAAGUGAAACCCACUGACAAUAAGUGCUUCCCGGUGGAUUGUACGCUAGGUCUGGCUGACUGCAAUGGGCAAGCUCUUUUUACUCCAUCAUGUUUUCCAUAUGGGAUAAAAGCUUCCUGCCAAUCAUGCAAGAAUCCAGCUGUCAUUGCCUAGAAGUGUAUGUCUCUAUCCCGUGUGGCUGCCACCACUGUGACAGCACCAAGCUGGCAGUGACUCAGAGCCAUGCUGCCUUGAGUAAGUCCAGGCCUCUCCACAUCACCUACCCAUCAACAAGCUGAGAGAUUAAUGGCAUUUUAGGUAAUUGUACGUUUUGAGCCAUAUAGGAGGGUGAGUUAAAGGGGCCAAGUAAAUAUUGCUUGUUAGUUGGUAGAGAUUAGUCCAACAAAAUAUUGUUUUCUUUUCCAAUGAAUUGUUCCUAAAUUAGGGAGGGAAGGACGAGUACAGCUGGGAUUAACAGCAGCUCUCGCUCUCGCUCUCUCUCUUUCUCUCUCUUCACAUUUUGAUGUUAGGAUAUAAUGUUCUGUCUAGAAUGGCAGGACAGCAAAUUGUCCUUCUGCCUGCCACUAUGACACAUGCAUGCACACAAAUAACAAUCCAGGGUUUUGCUAUGGGGAAAAUCAAAACAGGUUAGAAAGUAUUGAGAUGGUUUCUUUGAAACUCACUUUAAAUUUUUGGCAGAGAAUUCAUGCAUAGCUGAGACUUGGAGGCAGCCUCUGCUAACUUCACACUGUUCCUUAGGCAACACGGGAUUUAUAGGAAAAGGUUUUCCACGGCCUUGCUGCUAAAGGCGUGACGUAUGGUGCUCCACUGGAGACCAGUAUCAGGAUGUUCAGAGGAGAAACCAUCUCGUUGUGUUGGCCUGAGGCCAGUGCUGAGCAAAUUAAAAAAGACCAACAAGGGCUUCCUCCUCAGGUCAUUUCACUCUAAAGCAGCACACUUGUCAUAUCCCUGGGGUCCUAUGUUGAUAGAAACGAAGAGGUAGGGACGCAGUUUGUUCUUUGAACAUUGACUGCACACCUACCUGCUGAAUGAAGCUCAGGGAAGUGAUGCCUACAGAAGGCAUUUGGGCCUAAGGUUCCGUGGGAAGUCAGCAGCCUUAAGAUCCCAAUCCAAAUCAAUUCCAAAUACAGUAGUGUUAAAAAGCCAAGAAGAAGGGAAAAAAAGUUCCCCAGGGAGUUCUACCUCCUAUUGAUUCCUGCAACACCCAGGUAGACAUUCCUCUUCUUCUCUUGGCAAUGGCGGCUCCAGUCACCAGAUUGGGAUGAGGUGUCUGUUUAAAUAAUUGUUAUUUAUUAUUAUUAUUGACUAAGGUACAUGCUACCUAUUCUGCCUCCUUCUCAUUGUUUGGUAGCCUUCUCUUGGUAACUGAAGGGAAACUACCCUGAGAAUUAUUUGGAUUCUCUUUCUAAUAAUUAACAAUAUUAGCAAUUAGUGUUUGGCAACAGUUAAGGAUAAUCAUGUGUGCCAUAAAAAUUAGGAAAAUGUGCUUUUUAUUAUAUAAAGGCAGUAAUUUUAUCACAAAUAGUUUGAUCAAAGUCUUGAACUAUGAGGAUUUCUUCAAAAGUCUGUCUAGAGGUCCUAUGACUCUGGGAAAGAAGGUCUACCAGCUAGACCUAGCAAACAGGUGAGCACAGAUCACUAAAAAAUAAAUAUAAGUCCAUUGGAUAAGAUUCCCAUUUGGAAGAGGAACUCAAAAUACUAGUGACUUCAAUAAGAUUGAAGUGGAUACUGUCUGACUUAGAAGACAAACUGGUCGGUAAACACUGGUGUGUGACGUUACCGGAAGCCCUGUCUUGAUUUUUCAUCCCAAUGUGCAGCUUCCAACUCAUGGUCCAAGAUGACUGCUGCAGCUCCUGCCAUCUCAUUUGCAUUUAAGACAGCAGAGAGGGAAUGGAGAGGAGUUGCAUAUAUCACUUCUAGUCACAUCUGAUGGGCUAGAGCCUAGUCAUUAGCUACAUUUGCCUGCAAAGAAAGCCAGGAAGCGUCUCUAUUAUUGGUUGCCAUGUGCCUUGAUAAAUAUGAGGGUUCUAUUGUCAAAGAAACAAUGUGAAAAUUAAUACUGAUAAAAACUAUCAGUAUCUGACACAAAAGGGAAUUGAAAAAUAUUUCAAGUGCUUUUCAAUGUCAUCUGUUUUGUCAUGUUUUACAAAGGAUACGAUUAAAAUUCAUUUCUUUGUAUAGUAGUUAAUGCUUUUCAAAACAUUUUCACAUUUAGUAUCUCAGUGAUCUUCACUACAUUCUUGUAUGUUAAAUGGGACUUCUAGUCAUUACGAAGUGGAUAGUUUGACAUGGAGAUUCAGAGGCGUUGAAAGAUUUCCCCAAAAUUCUAGUUUACUAUCCAGAAAGUUGCUCAUAGCCCCAGUCUUUGAAUUUCAUAGCCUUUCCUACUACUUUAUGCUACUUGGCAUCAGUAUUGGGGUUGGGAAUUGCUAGAAUAUGAAAUCUAAAUCUUUAUUGAUAUGUAUCUUUCCUUACCUUCUCAUGGAACUGCAGUGAUUUAGAUAAUGCCAAGGAGACUGGUGGAGUUGACCCUUCACCCCCUCCUCCAGUGAAGGAGCCUGUUUUUUGGAGAUGAGGAAGCAUAGGCACUCAAACACCUCCUGUUGGAUGUCCACCCCAUCCAAUACAAAAACUGUUCAAGAUGAAGGCUGAGGACAUAUGCUCACACCUCAUUAGGGAAGCUCAGUGUUAGAAAUAUUUAGAAUUAGUAGGAGCCUGAAUAGUGAAGCAUAAGGGGUGAUCAAUAGAACCCCUGCUCUAAAAAUUUGCCUUCCUCUCUGCAUUUUCCCUAGGUCCCGGGAAUUUUAUCAGCAACUUAUUGCUUUGGUUCUUAAAGGUGUACUUUUUUGGUGUUAAAUGAGUCCCUUUGCACAAUUGCUGGAAAGAGGAAGUGCUUUAAGGUGUCAUAAGUUAACAUCACACAGAGAGUUUAUCUGAUUCCUUUUCAACUAUGACUUCCAGUUGAGAAGAAAGUCCUGUAUAAUGGGAUCAUGCAGAGGUGGAGGUUAGGGAAUAUAGGGGUAACUAUAUUAAAAAAGUAGGGCCCGUACAAAGGAAGCAGAUCUUGCAAAGGUAGAAAGAUGAGGAAUUACAUAUGUAGUAGAAAAUAUUGAAAAAUGGAAAGAGACUAAAAUACAGCUUCUGUUCUCAAGAACAAGGGGAGGCUGGAGACUAAUUCUUUUGUCCAUUUAAAAGAGCAAAAAAGAUGACAUGAGGCUCCUGAAACAGGACCAGAGCAUUGGGACAGUUUUAGGGACUGAAGGAAAGGCUGACUGAGUUGGAGGCGUUGGAUCAAAGAGAAAGCUGGGACAGACAUAGGCAGAGAAUAACCUGAUCUGAUCACAAUGGUGUCUCCAAGGUUUUCCUUUCUCAUUGUGCCUCCACCGGUCAUCAGAACUCCAGCUGAAAGUCUCCAGGCUGGAUGUCAGGGCUGGCUGAAGUCUAAUAACUACCCAGUUGUGUCACCUCUGGGGAACAUGCAAAAGUUAUUUCUCCAAGGCACUUUCAGCUUUUCUCCUUGUCCCCUUCCUCCAUCUCUACUGGACAUAAGCCUGCUCUUCUCUCAUCACAUUCACCUGGACACAUCUGAACGGAUUCCCAAAACUUUGAAUUAACCCUCUGGGCCAGUGGGGGAAGGGUUCUGAGAGCUGUGUGUUUUGUAGCCUAAUGGAUGGAAUGCACAUGGACCCAUCUUCAUGACACAUUGACAGACCCAACCGACCUUGCAGAGGUGCUGAGAUUUCCAGCGGACUGGCCUCACUAUGAACACCAGCAACAUCUGCAAGAGAAAUGCCCCCGAACUUCCAGGCAAGGACUAGAGGUAGCCUAACAGAACUGCGGAUCUGAGAAUAUGGAAGCACAGAUGUUUCUUGAGCUUAUAUUCUAAGUUGUCUAUGGAAAAGAGUGCAACUGUCAUCUUUUGACACAGUAAGUGGAAACUCUGUGAGUUCCAUGUUCUGUAGGAACUCAUCGAAGGGCCAGAUGUCAGUGCUGAAAAACUUCAGUUCCUGCCAGGGAAAACCGUGUUCUGAGGAAGCAGAGUUUGUGUGAUUUAGUCAUUGUCAGAGUUGUCUCCCACCAACUUGUUAUUUUUUUAAAUCAUGUGAUCAUCUAUUCUUUCCUUCUUCCCGCCCCCCCACCCCCAGAAGUACUUUUUUGGGUUUUGCUUGCAUUAUUUUUCAUUUAAUGUAUCAAAGUUAAAAAAAAGAAAAUGUUGGAAAGAAAAAUAUGGUGCCCCAUUUUAGAUGUAAAGAUAGUUCUUCAAUAGAUAGUAAAUUAUUUCUUCUAAGAGAUAUUUCCUUUUGUUUCUGUGCAAUAAUAUGUAUGAACUUGGGUACUAGGAGAUUGUAUUGUGACAUUAUCAAUCCUUACUGAUAUUUAAAAAAUGAUAGUUUGUAGAACUGAGGAUUUCCAUUGAUGUGAAGCACAAUUUAAUGAAUAAGUUAAUAUAUUAAACUGUUGUGGUGUCAAAAACAAUUGUUUCCCCCCCCUUAAUUUUGUCAGACGUUUUUGCAAAAUGAGAAAAGCUGGUUAAAUACUUUAAGGGAAUUGUGGAAAUUGAAUCCACAGAAUCAGCUUUGUCAAACUCAAAGAUUCAUGCUUUGGAUACAAAUGUAGUUAUUGGAUGUGAAACUUUAAAAGCAUACAGAAAGAAAAGAAAAUACAGAUUGAAACAAUUUAAAAUGUCUGAGGCCAGGGAGGAUUUCACAGGCUCUCAAACACGUAAGCUUCUAAAAUCGUGGUUCUCAGUAACCCUCCCCAUUCAUUGCAUACUCCAGGACAUUGAAAUUCACUGUGGGAAGUGCAAAAGCAACCUGAAGAUGAAAGAAUGAGGAAAAAAUUUGAGAAAGAGUGGAAGGAAAGAAAAACAGGAAU